AUGGUGGUGGUGGGGUGUGUGGAUGUGGCGGUGUUGAUGGUGACAGUGGAUGUGGCGGUGUUGAUGGUGACAGUGGAUGUGGCAAUGGUGGGGUGCAGUGACGGUGGUGUGGCGGGGGUGGUGGCAGCGACGACGUUUGGUGAUAGCCAUGACAAAUAUAGGGUGGUUGUGCAUCAGAGAGAGGGUUAA